GAAGAGCCGAGGGAGCGACCGCCCGGCCCCCGGGGCGGGGAGCGGAGCGGGGCCGGGCCGGGGGCGCGCCCCGCGCCGCUGUCACCAUUGCCGGGGCCCGGAGCGCCGCAGAGCUGCUCCCCCCGCCGCCGCCGCGCUCGCCCCAAACACGGCGGCGGCGGCGGCACCGCCCGCAGGGGCUCGGCGCGGCUCCCGACGCGCUCGGAGGAGGAGAAGGAGGAGGAGGAGGGAGCGGCAGCCGGUGCCGCCGCCGGGAGCCGGGCCCGCCCGGGGCUGAGCCGCCGGAGCAUCAGCGCCCGGGGCCGCCCGGUGGUGCCUCGCGGCCGCCGCCCGGGCCCUGCGCGCUGCCCCGGAGCGGCCCCCGGCUGCCAGACAUGACCGCCAUCAUCAAAGAGAUCGUCAGCAGGAACAAAAGGCGAUACCAGGAGGAUGGCUUCGACCUGGACCUGACCUAUAUUUAUCCAAACAUAAUUGCUAUGGGCUUUCCUGCAGAGAGGCUUGAAGGAGUGUACAGGAACAACAUCGAUGAUGUAGUAAGGUUUUUGGAUUCAAAGCAUAAAAACCAUUACAAGAUAUACAAUCUAUGUGCUGAAAGACAUUAUGACACGGCCAAAUUUAACUGCAGAGUUGCACAGUACCCUUUUGAAGACCAUAACCCACCACAGCUGGAGCUCAUCAAACCUUUUUGUGAAGAUCUUGACCAGUGGCUAAGUGAAGAUGACAAUCAUGUGGCAGCAAUCCACUGUAAAGCUGGAAAGGGACGAACUGGUGUCAUGAUUUGUGCUUAUUUGUUGCAUCGAGGCAAGUUUUUAAGGGCCCAAGAAGCCCUAGAUUUCUAUGGGGAAGUAAGGACCAGAGACAAGAAGGGAGUGACAAUUCCCAGUCAGAGACGCUACGUGUACUACUAUAGCUACCUGUUAAAGAAUCACCUGGAUUACAGACCAGUGGCACUGCUGUUCCACAAGAUGAUGUUUGAAACAAUUCCCAUGUUCAGCAGCGGAACUUGCAAUCCUCAGUUUGUGGUGUACCAGCUCAAGGUAAAGAUAUUCACCUCCCCUUCAGGACCCUCACGACGUGAAGACAAGUACAUGUACUUUGAAUUCCCUCAACCUCUGCCCGUAUGUGGUGAUAUCAAAGUGGAAUUUUUCCACAAACAGAACAAGAUGUUGAAAAAGGACAAAAUGUUUCACUUUUGGGUAAAUACAUUCUUCAUAGGACUGGAUGAAAAUUCAGACAAAGUAGAAAAUGGAAGUCUAGUUGCAGAUCAGGAACUCGAUGGUAUUUUCAGUACAGAGCGCUCAGAUAAUGAUAAGGAAUAUUUAAUCCUUACAUUAACAAAAAACGAUCUAGACAAAGCAAAUAAAGACAAAGCCAACAGAUAUUUCUCUCCAAACUUCAAGGUGAAGCUAUUUUUCACAAAAACAGUAGAAGAGCCAUCAAAUCCAGAGGCUAGCAGUUCAACUUCUGUAACACCAGAUGUUAGUGACAAUGAACCUGAUCAUUAUAGAUACUCUGACACCACUGACUCUGAUCCAGAGAAUGAACCUUUUGAUGAAGAUCAGCAUACGCAGAUUACAAAAGUCUGAAUAUUUUUUUUAUCAGAGAUAAAAAAGAACCAUACAAAAACAAAAAAAAACAUGAAGACAGACAAACUUGAAUAAACUGAAAAAAAAAAAGGACCUUUCUAAAUGGCAAAAGGACAUAGUGUCAGAUUACCAGUUAUAGGAACAAUUCUUUCCUGACCAAUCUUGUUUUGCCCUACAAAUCUACAGGGUUUGACACUUGUCCAGUCGGGGGGGUUAAAGAAAGGUUACGUAGCUCUUAUGUAUAUACCUUUUUGUGUCAAAGGACAUUAAAACUUCAAUUAGGAACUAUAAA